UGAGCGACGGCUCAGUAUAUAGAGGUGCAUAUUGUGAAUAGACGUUACUGUAUCUAAUUUAAAAGGAGAAAAACGCCUAAUUGUGUAUGUGAGUAAGAAGAUACUUAAUGUUGUGUAUUCACUAGGUACCGGCCUACAUAAUGACGGAAAAUCUGGAUAAUGGUCUGGUGAAUGACAUGCCUACCAAGGAUUAUAUCAGGACGGAUUUAAAUGUCUCACCUAAUAAUGAUGAGAACGCCGGGGUACACACCAACAACGGUGAACAGUUGAACCAUGAGGCAGUACAGCCAGAAAAACACACCAGUCCCGUCAAAUCAAGCCCUGAUGAUAGUGUGAUUCUCGAAAAAUUAUCCGAGUCAGGGACUGAUAACAAUCAAAGGGGUGGCAGCCAAGGCGAAGUCAACACCAACAGAACUAGUGAUAACCCUAGUCAGUCGGAGGACAUACAAACCAACAAGGUAAAUAACGGAUCACAGGGAAGUCAAGAAGCCGAUUUUAGUAAAGAAGAAGGGGUUGUGUCUAAAGAAGAGUUUCCAGCCGAAAACGACACUAGUGAUCACACUCAAUCGAGAGACAAUAGUGGUAACCAGGAACAAACCUCAGAAGCACCGGUAAAAUAUUUUAUGUCAGAACCGAACACAGACAAUACAAAUAAAUCAGCGGAUGAUAAAGGGAAUAAUGGUGAUAGUGGUGUAGGAGAGGACCAGAAAACUAAAGAAGACAGUGAUCACGAUUAUUCAGAAUCUUUCGAGGAACCCUCAAAGUCUGAACAUUCGGAACCUUCUUUCCCAACAUACAAUAGUGAGAACGACGCUAGUCAAGACAAAGUUUUAGAUGAAAAGAUAAAGAACGAAGACAAUACGAAUGUGCAGGAUACUGGACUUAAUCUAGCUUUACGAGAUGAUGUUGAAAUAGAGCCAGAAUUUACAUCGUCACCACGUGUUCAGAUAGUAGAUACUGACGGUCAACUUAAACCAAACAUAGCUGACGAAAAUACUAACCAGUCGGCAGUCAACAUAGCAGCAAAGGACGAAAGACCAUCUAGUCGUGUAUCGGUAGUAUCUGAUGAAGGCAAUAACCAAAAUUCGGACAGGACAUUGACAGAGGGUUCAUGGCCAUCUUAUGAACAAAAGGAAGACAGUAAAAGUGGCGAGGAGGUUUUACAAGUUGAAAAAAACAACAGUAACGAUGACGGUCAAUUAAGUGAUGGUAUGAAGGAUCAGAAUAUUGUUGAUAACCAGACAAAUUUCAAGGAAGAAAAACAUGUUAGUUUCUCAGAUGACCCAAAAGCAAAAAGUAGGAGUUCUCGGUCUCCUGACCCGGUUAUGAAAGAUAGAUCUGAGGAAUCAGUUACAGUUACAGAGGAUAAUAAAAAAGAGGAAGCCACACCAAGGGGAGGCGAUGAUACGCUAGACGAUAUAGAGGCUCUGACCACUAUAUCAGAAGCUAAUCCUAUAGACAUUGAAACCCAAAAACCCAGCGAUCAGGAACCAGUAGCAAAAAUAAAUCUUACUAAAACUGAACAGGAGAAAUCGGAUAUGGCGGAUGACAUAGCACGCGCUGAUGAUAUACCCCGACAUGAAGGAGGUAAUGAUACUGAUCAUGAAACAGAAGAGUUGGCCUCUGAGGAGAUACCUCGACUGCAUCCAGAAACAGACAAACUGGAGGACACGCAAAACCAAGAAGUCACUCAUGAAUUAGACGAAAGUCAUCUAAGUAGGCAAUCACCUAUGGAAUCGGAAGUUCAAGAUGUCCAGGGCCCGGAAGAUACAAAUAUCAGAAUGGAAAGUCAAGAGCUGGAACAGGGUAGCAGAGAAAUGACCGAAUCAGCUGAGGGAAUAGAUACAACUCAAAGAGAUAACAUUCCUGACUCACAACAGGAACCAGAAGAACAGACUGAUAAUGAGACAGAUCAAUCUCUUCAACAACAACAACAACAACAACAACAACAACAACAACAACAAAAUUCAGACAAUGCUGAUACCUCAAAAACAAAUAAUGAAGUAUUGCACGAUUCUACAGAGAAGCCUCCUCUUCAACAACAACAACAACAACAACAACAACAACAACAACAACAACAACAGCAGCAGCAGCAGCAGCAGCAGCAACAACAACAACAACAACAACCUUCUGUUCAGUCUGAAAAAGAUCAGCACUGGGAUGAUCACGAGAGAAGUGACUCCGAAGAUACUCCCAGACCGGAAGUAUCUGAUCAUACUAAUCUGGAAUCUGACCGAAGUAUGAUACCAGAUACUGAACAGGAACACGCACAACCCCCCGUAAAAUCGGAAGAACCAGUCAAGCAGGAACAGGAGACGGAGCCACAAAUUAAACAGGAACCGAAAUCAGAGCAGGAACCAGAACCAGAACCAGAACCGGAACCUGAACCGGAGCCAGAGCCAAUUAGAAUAACCCGGAAUAUAGAAAUAGAUAAUGCAGUUGAUACUGUUAACAAUGUAGAAAUUAGUGUUCAAGAAUUACUCGGAGAUAUGAAAGAACUGAUGGACAAUUACCAUUACAAGUUAAAAUCACAACCUCUAGCAGACUUCGUUCAAGACCUAGACAAAUUCCGUGGGGAUUUUAAGUCCAUGCAUGAUGCUUACAAAAAAUGUGAUACAAUGUUCAUACAGCUAAACAAAUCUUUGAAGGAAUUAAGGGUUUUAGGAGAUGAUUUUAACUCUCUGAUGGACCGCAAAUUUCGGGAAGAGGAGCUUUCGACAUGGACGGUAGAGGAUGAGGAUGACGAAAAAGAACGAAUACAAGCUGAACGCGUAGCCGCCACCAAGACUGCAAUAGCGAAAGCAACAGACGCCCGAGCUUAUGUAGCAAAGGCGGCGAUUGCUGUAUCGGAAUCAAAUCUGCUCGCUGGAGAAUGCGAGGCGGACGCUGCCGACGCCGCGUCGACGGCUGCACGGGCACUGGAGCUAGCACAAAGAGCACGGAAGGACGUGGAAGACGCUUUAUUAGCUGCAGAAGAAAAACGCAAAUCGGAGGAGAUUGCUCGUGAACGGGCUGCGGAGAGAGCCAGAAAAAAGGCAGAGGAGGAGAAAAAGAAACAAAUCGAAGAGGACAAACGAAUAGCGUUGGAGGCAAAAAAGAAAGGGACCUCAUUUGCCGAUGAAAAGAAACGCACACUUAAUGAAAAAGCAUGCAAAGAAGCUGAGCGACGCAAUCCAAAGAAUUGGCGUCGGCUUGUCUACAGCGCCGAUGGCGGAGACUUUGAUCCUGGUGUUGGAUGUAUCCUACGAGCUAUCGACAACUGUCUGGACCGAGAUGAUGUGAAUGUGGUCAGAGUGGAUCAGAUGUCGGGAGUUUUGACCCUUGUGGAUAAUGAGGAGCUCAUCAGCAACAUCAUCAAGAUUACACCAACAGACGCCGAACGAAAGUUCACGUUUGAGGAGCCAUUAGUGUUAUCCAUCCCACACUGUCUACCCAGGGCCGUGACAGGCAGGGAAGUCGUGGUGAAAACCAUUGGUUCUAAUGGUAAAUGGGUGGAAUUACCGACUAAAGAUGUCGCCUUUGAGGAUAUUAAGGAAAUGCGAUUUGGAGAAGCUCAGACUCGGAGAUUUGGUGUAUUUGCGGUGGUCCUUAGGCUGAAGAAGGACACACUGACAUUCAUCCGUAAAGGAAACAAAAUACACACGGCUGUAGAUGCUCGAGUUUCGUUUACGUGUCCACCUGGCAUGUUCAAGACCAACACUAACUUUACUGUCGAGGUUCAACAAAUUGACCAGUCGGUGAUAACAGACCUUAAGUACCGACGCCCAACGGAGUGUUCUAAUCUUAUGGCUUGUAGUCCGAUAAUGAAACUCAGCAUCCAGAACAGGAAAUUUAACAAGACGCUCACUAUGACGCUACCCCUCCCCCCGAACCCUACUCGUCCCAAGAGGCCGAGUACAGCAGCAGCGUCGAUGCCGAAGGAGGAUAAAUCCGAGUCACGCCCAGUGACGGCUCGACCACUGGUAUCCUUCAAUGCAAACAAGGAAGAGGAGAUAGAGGAGGAGUUACAUCUGUUAGUCUGUGAGGAAGGUUGCCAGUGGACAAAACUUACUGACGUCACUAUACUACAAGCAAAGAACAAAGACAUCGUGACAUUGGAGGUCAAGGAACCACAUGAUCGAUUUCUAGUGAUACGUACUGGUCUAGGAGUAAGCCCUCCCAAGCUAGAGGCGGCAGCAGGUUUGCUGGAGGCGUCGACAACCCAGAGAUCUAUCACUGUCUUCCUGCGGCAAUUGAACACUAGCCUGAACAAUGUAAUCGUAGGCUGCUGUAAGAAAAACAAAACAGAAAAGGAACUGAAGAAAUUAGCCGCGGAGGGAUACGACGACGGCCCACCACCAAGUCGUGAGAUAAUUGUGAAAGAAGGACAAAUCAUAAGGAUUACAUUUAGAGGAAAUAUACAUUGUACAACCGAGAACGCGGUGCUUGAGUUCAUAUAUAACACGCACAUUAAGUCCAAAGUACACUUCUCCAUUCUUGAGACGGAUCGUUUUGCACAGAAAGGUUUCAACUGCUACAGAGGUUUCUCUCAGAUUUACACCAACGUGUUAGUACCCAAACCGGUACCGCCAUCAGACAAACCUAAACAGAAGCAGAUCGUAACAGAAAUGAUGGAAGAGGAGAGAUUAGUUGCUGAAUUACUCAUGAGCAUCCCCAAGCCGGAACCAGAGCCUCCCAAACCACUCUGUACUGCUCCUAUUAAAAUCAAUGCAGAAGGUCCUGAUACACAGGAUGUACUCCUGUACCUAGCUGGAGAACUCGGGGAGGAGUGGAAGAAAUUAGCUCAGUAUCUCAACCUCAAGAGCGUGCGCAUCCAGGCCAUCCUAAGACAGAACAACUUGAACCCUGACCCCAAGAAGAUCCGAUAUGACAUGUUAGUCACAUGGGCAAAGCGGAUUCCGCGAAGUGCAAAUAAGAUGGACAUAUUGGCGCAUGCUCUUCUGGCAAGUGGACGAGGAGACCUCGCGGAGGAACUGAGAGAACGAGACACAGAAUUCCGCCGUAGACGAAGUGCUGCCCUGCGAGAUACUUACCUGAACCGAGCCUUCGUUAAGGUAGCCCAGAAUCCGACCGCUGUAAAGGAAUGGAAGACGAUCGCCAGACGACUUGGUGUCUCAGACAUGGAUGUGACAGAAAUUGAACGGACCAAGCCUUCCAUCCAGGAGAAGUGUUAUCACAGUCUUCGCAGGUGGCAGACAACCGUCGGCGAACAGGCGUCCCUUCCGGUGCUUGGUGCUAAACUGCGUCUGUGCAACUACAGAGGACUCGCGAGGGACAUCGAAACGAUUGGAUGAGGUGAAUCGGUUGAAGGAUACGAAUGGGUGUUCUCAUUAACAAUGUGGCAGUAAAUAUUGCAAUCUAUUCGGCAACAAAAGAAAAAUUCCAAUACCGCCAUAACUGCACCUGCAUCGGAAUAGUGAAAAUUGAUUUCAAACAAGCGGAUUGAGAUAUUUUCUGAUGAUAUCAAAGGCCACGCGAUAGAAAAAACAUAGUUGUUUGUUACAUAAUUAAUAUAGCUGGAAAUUGUUCCUUGAUAUAUGUACGUAGUGAGACAAAGUUCCUUUUGAUUUUUAUAUUAUUUUUUUAUGAAAUAUGUUUUAAUUGUUAUUGUUUUCGGGGUUUUUUUCUUAUUUACUCAAUAAUUCUUAAAUCUUCAUAUCAACAUUUAAACUUUAUCUGAAUUCAUGAAAAUCAAUUAUUUUACUUUAAAAUAUAUGAUUUCGUAAACGAAAAGACAUUUUUUUAAAUUAAGGCACUACAAGUUUUAUCUGCGAUGUCAAAAAUCAUUUUCUGUAAGAAAUCGAUAUAAACGGUAAAACCAUAUAACAGAAUAGGCACUCGAUAGGUACUCGAUAGGUACUCGAUAGGUACUCGAUAGGCACUCGAUAGGUACUCGAUAGGCACUCGAUAGGUACUCGAUAUCGAUUUGAUCUGUUGUUUAUCAUAACUGUUUUUGACUGUGGUCCGGAGAUUUAUACAUAUCAUUGUACCUGUGUUUGACCCGUCUGUGAUCCGGAGGUUUAUACAUGUCAUUGUACCUGUGUUUGACCCGUCUGUGAUCCGGAGGUUUAUACAUGUCAUUGUACCUGUGUUUGACCCGUCUGUGAUAGCAUCCGGAGGUUUAUACAUAUCAUUGUGCCUGUGUUUUACUCGUCUGUGAUAGAUUCAAGAGGUUUAUACAUAUCAUUGUACCUGCGUUUGACCCGUCUGUGAUCCGGAGGUUUAUACAUAUCAUUGUACCUGUGUUUGACCCGUCUGUGAUCCGGAGGUUUAUACAUAUCAUUGUACCUGCGUUUGACCCGUCUGUGAUCUGGAGUUUUAUACAUAUCAUUGUACCUGUGUUUGACCCGUCUGUGAUCCGGAGGUUUAUACAUAUCAUUGUACCUGUGUUUGACCCGUCUGUGAUAGAUUCAAGAGGUUUAUACAUAUCAUUUUUUUACUUGUUCCAUGGUUCAGUGUAUUUUUUAUAAGAUUCAUUGUUAUCUUAAAUCUUCCGGUUGUUCGUUUGAAAAAUGGGUGAAAGGAUGAUGCCAGUAUUAUGCUAUGUGAAAAAGUAGCAUUUGUGCUGUUCCCUUCAACGUCUCUGUAUAUUACUGCCGUUAUGAUAUGUUUUAAUAUCAAUGACAUAUUCUAAUGGACCUCUAUUGCAUACAGAGUAUGUCAAAUAUUUACGUUAUAUUAUAUAGAGUUUAUUAGCUAUUCCUAAGGAACUCCGUUAUACUUUGUAUUUUAAAGUACAUCUGUGAUAGAAAUGUGAUAGAUAUGUGAUUAAAAGGUAGUAGAUGUUGUUGUUUAUUAUCUCCGUUGAUGCUAGAUGUCAAUUAUUGUGAAUCAGUGGAUAUAAUUGAUAAAAAAUAACUUGUCUAACAUUUUAAAUAGUUUUUGUAUGCAUGCGGGUGUUGAUAGGAACGAAGCAUAGCUUAGAGGUUUUGAUUGCCUGGAGCUCUCCAUUUCACAAUCCGACUUCCGAGAUUAUGUAUGGGAGAUAACUCUCUUGCUUUUCAAUUUCAGCAUAAACGUUCGUUAAGACAAAAGUCUUCCAAACAAUAAUAAUCACAGCUUUUCCGUAUAUUGCUCUUCAGAAAAAUUGUAAUUUAGUGUGAUUCAUGACCCUGUUAUCUAGAAUAAAAACAAAACAUACAUUUUAAUUGUUACUUUGAUUUUAACUACGUUAUGUAGAAGUACAUUGUAUAUACCAUAUUCGCCCACCCUGAAGUUUCCUCAUCGUUGUUGUUGCCCAAGUAACUGUGAUAUGAUUAUACACUAUAUAUAGGUAAUGCCUGUAGAAUUAAAAUUAUUCCAUCAGAA